AUGUCUCUUUUCAAGGGCCUUAUAAACCGUGGGAUGUUCCCACGUUCUGGGGAAAGCAGCACAUAUGACUUUGUCUCUUUUCCCCAGCAAAUUGUUAUUCCGUUGCUGCACAGCAGCAGCAGCAGCAGCAGCAGCAGCGGGGGCAAGGCCAAGGGCAUAUCUGCGGUUCUUUUUCCGGUGAAAGAGCAGCACCAGCUGCUGCAGGUGCUAGCCACGCAGCGCUCGCUGCUGAAGCUGCUCAGCAGCAAACUGCCGGGGGAGCAGCAGCAGCAGCAGCAACAGCGGCAGCAGCAGCACCGGCAAAGACGCCAGCAAAAGCCCCAUGACGGGCAGCAGCAGCCGCAGCAACACCAAGGUGCAGACCCGCAGCAGCAGGAGCUCGACCAGCAGGAGGAGCUGCAGCAGCGAAAACGGCAGCAGCAGCAGCAGCAGCAGGAACUGGUAAAUGCCCUGGUGGAUGAGGCGCUGCAGCAGCUCUACUAUGUGCAAAGUGAAGCAGCAGAAAGGCUGCGGAGGCAGCUCAACCAAGACACAGACUGGAGCGGUUACUGCUGCAGCAGCAGCUGCUGCUGCUGCUGCGUGCUUGUCUCGGGGCAGAAACCAGUAGAAGAAAAGGGGUGCUGCACUUGCUCUCACUGUGCGCCCCCAGCAGCAGCAGCAGCAGCUGCUGCUGCUGCAGCAUCAGCACAACCAGACUCUAGCGGCAAACGGGAGAGCAGCAAUGCAGUGAGCGACGCCCCCGCCGCUGCCGCUGCAGCAGCAGCAGCAGCAGCAGCGGAGGCGCCACCAGCUGCCUCUUUUUCGGGUGCUGCUGCUUCCCCGGUGCUGCUGCGGACGGCCCGUGCUGCUCUCGGGUCGCUGCGGUCAGCAGCAGCAGCAGCUUGCUGCCCCUUUCUUCUUAUUUAUGCCCAUGGCAAUGGCAGCGACCUAAGAGAUGUGCUGCCGCUGCUGCAGCAGACACAAAGCAAAACAGGUGCUGCAGUCUUGGCCUUCGACUACCCUGGAUAUGGCCUUUCCCAAGGAAGAGCCAGUGAAGAGUCUGUUGAUAUUUGCCUGCAGUCAGUGCUGUCAUUUGUGCUGCUGCACUUGCGGUGGCCAGCAGCAAGAGUUGUUUUGUGGGGCUGCAGCAUCGGGGCAGGGCCUGUGACUCGUGCUGCUGCAGCAUUUAGUGCUGCUUUUCGGCAGCAGCAAAAGCACCAGCAUGCGCGCUGCAGCAGGCUGCAGCGCCAACUGCUCCAAAUUGCACACAAGCGGCAGCAGCAGCAGCAGCAGCAGCAGCAGCAACACAGCGAGCAUCAUGGCUGCGAACUGCUGCGGCCCUGUCUUUUUUUUCCCAUUCUCGGCAGCAACUUAUGCGCAUCUUCAGCAGCAGCAGCAGCAGCAACAGCAGCAGCCAUCGUGCCGCCCAGCACCGCGACCCCUGAGGCUGUAGUUGCUGCGCAGGUAGCUGCAGCAGCAAUGACGAAUUGUUCGGGGGCCUGGCGCACGACCAGCAGCAGCAGCAGCAGCAGCAGCAGCAGCGGCAGGUGCUGGAGCGGGGGCGGCUCCGUGAAUUUGUACAAUCUGGGGGGCAUCGUGUUGCAGUGUCCGUACACCUCGAUUCGCGCAGCAGCAAAAAGUUUUGUUCCAGCAGCAGCAGCAUCUCUUGUGGUGCCGCGGAGUGUUUGGCCAGUUGCUGCUGACCUCAGCAGCCCCAACUUCUGCUGCAGCUGCCUCUUCCUGCAUGGGAAGCAAGACGAGCUGUUUUGCUGGGAGCAGACAUGGGAAAUGCAGCAGCAGCUGCAGCAGCACCUGGAACGGAUACAAAACAGCGCAACCAGCAGCAGCAGCAGCAGCAGCAGCAGCCGCAGCAGCAGCAGCAACAGCUGCGGCACUUACGACGACUUGACCCAGCCACAUGCGUCUUACAAUGGCAGAAGAGGCAGCAGGCAGCGGUGCAGCAGCAACUGCAGCGACAGAGGUAGUGGCAGCAGCUGCAGUCUUCCUGUUUUCAACGCAGCCCCAAGCAGCAGCAGCAGCAGCAGCAGCAACAGUUGCAGCUACAUGGACAAUUCUGAAUAUUCCCCCUACUUCUGUCUUGGCUGGUACCCACCUGCUGCUUCUCAUUGUGUCUUUGAUUGGGGCAGAGAUCUGCUGCUGCCAAUCUCGGCCUUCUUAAAGAAGGCGCAUGCAGGUCUGCUGCUGCAGCUUGCUGCUGCACUUGUGCCGCUGCUGCAGUUACACGGAGACGACACCGCAGCUGCAGCAGCUGCAGCAGAAGCAGCAGCUCCGGGAGACUGGUGUAGCACCGCCCUUCUGCUGCUUCCCGACAGAGACAGGUUGCUGCUGCUGCAAGAGACGCUUCUUGGCGACUCUGCUGCUGCAGUUUCAGCAGCAACCGCAGCAGCAGCGCAGGCGAAGACAGAAACAGCAGCAACAGGAAGAGCUGCUUGCGGCUAUUUGUCUCAGUGCCUGCGGAGUGCAGCACUGAGCAGCACUUCGUUUGUGCUGUUUGCUUCCGACGCAUUUGCUGCUGCCUGGACGGAGGCCGUGAACUAUCACUGCCCACUCCUUGAGCAGCAGCAGCAGGAGCAGCAGCAGCAGCAACAGCAGCAGCAAUAUGUUGGGAAGAGCGAGCCUCAGGGUGCCGCUCGCAGCAGCCAACGGCAAAAUCUGAAGAGGCGGCUUCCGCUGCUGCUGCAGCAGCAUGUCGACACUUGGGGUUUACCAGCAGCAGCAGCAGCUUCGGCUGCUGCGAGGCAGCAGCUGCUGCUGAUUGGUGCUGCGCUGCGUCUGUUCGCUCCUCACCAGCUUUCCGGCCUUCAAAUCCAGCAGCAACUUUUGGAGCGCUGCCCGCUGCAGCAACAGCAGCACACAGCAGCAGCAGCAGCAGCGGCACCGCUGCUGCGUGUCACUCCGCUUUUGUCUGCUGCAGCACAGUAUCUGAUGGCAGAGUCUUCUGUGAGCCCCCUGAGUCCUGCUGCAGCAACUGAAUUCAGCAGCAGCGGCUGCACGUCAGCAGCAGCAGCAGCAGCAGGAGGCUGGCUGCAAGAGGGCACCAGCCAGGGGCCACUCUCUGCGGGGUCAGAGACGGAAGAAGAGACAGACACAGAUGAAGGGGAUGAAGCAGCAGCAGCAGCAGCAAAUGUUGUUUUGCCUGGAGACAUGCUGCAUGGCCUGCCGUGCAGCAGCAGCAGAGGCAGCAGCAACAGGUGCUCGCAUGCCCUCUCGUUUCACCAGCACGAAGUGAGGUGGCUGCAGCGGCAGCAGCUGCAGCAGAUGCUACAUCGACAGCAGCAGCACCAAAUGUUGCAGCGGCUGCAGCUGCAGCAAAUGGCACAGCGGCGGCACCACCAUCAGGUACAUCAGCAUGUGCUGCAUCAGGAGCAGCAGCAGCAGCAGCAGCAGCAGCACCUGCUGCGGCGCAUGCAAACUGCCUACCCGCUGCCUCCCCCAGUCCCACAUAAUUGGAUUUACGGGUCCCCAUAUGCAUCAUUUGCAGAGAGGCGGCGACUUGCUAUGGAAGCAGCAGCAGCAGCGUCCAGUGCCGCCGCUGCUGCUGCUGCUGCAGCUGCUGCAGCGGCGUCGCUGCCUCUGUUCGGGUCCGUGGAUGGGCUCAUGCGCCUCGUCAGCGACCGCUUUGUAGAGUUCCUGUCGCUGGUGCUGCAGACUGCGGUGCAGCGAGGCCUCGUAGAGGAAAUGAGGGAGCUGCUGCUGCAGCAGCAGCAGCAGCAGCAGCAGCCGUAUUCCCGGCAACAGCAGCAGCAGGCAGACGUCAUGCUGCCUCAAAUACUUGGCUUUAUUAAGAGGCUUUAUGCUGUUUUGCAGCCCUCGCUAACUCUUGAGGCCCUCUUCGUGAGAGAGUCGAGGCAGCAGUCGCAGCAACAGCAACCCGAGCAGCAGCAGCAGCAGCAGCACAAAGAGCCUUCUGCGGCGAAAUAUGUUCUUAACAGCAUUUUUGUCUGUGGCAUUCGGCUGUGCCUUAUUGACAUCGCCUCGCUACCCUCGCACAGCAGCAGGUACAGCAGCAGCUGCAGCAACGGCAGCAGCAGCAGCAGAGGCGAGGUCUCAUCUAGCAGCAACACGGUAAACAGCAGCGGAAAACAAGAUGCUGCGCCUAUUGGAGGGGUACUAUAUGCUGAGGCCGUACCUCUAGCUGCUGCUGCUUGUGCUGCUGCUUCGGCGCGGCCCCGCCUUUUUCAAACCAGCAGUAACAGCAGCAGCAGCAGCGGAGGCGAAGGCUCCACAGGGACUCCUGAGACGCUGCUGCUGCCGCUGUUUGCUGCUCCGAUGCCAAGCAUGCAGCUGGCAGCUCGGUGGCUGUUGGGGUGUCUGUUCAACUCUGCAGCAGAUGAGCCCAAGUCCAACAGCAGCCCGUGCUCUGCGCUGCAGCUGCAGCAGCUGCAGCAGCAGGAGCAACUGCAGCAGGAAGUGGCGAACGAGUUUGCUGCUGAGCACGUAAAGGACCUCAAAAGCCUCUCCAACCUGCCAAACUUUGCUGCGCUUGCGGCGCUGCGCCCAGCUUCUCUCGGCCAGCUGCUGCCGCUGCACGGAAACUGCAUGCAUUCAGCAGCAGCGGCAGCAGCAGCAGCAGCUGCUGCUGCUGCUGUUCCUGCGACGUCCGCACACGCAAACUGCAGCUUUUUUCCCUUUGGGUGGGAUCAACUGCUGCUGCUCCUCUUUGGCUGCCGCCCGCCACAGCAUGUCCGGCUGCUCUUUGGGGGCAGUAUGCAACUGCAGCAGCAGCGGCAGCAGCAGCAACUGCCCAGGUUGUUUGCUCUUCAGGCAAGUGAAGCAGCUGCAGCAGCAGCAAUGCGAGGCCGAAUCGUGUCGAAUGUGUCUCAGCACAAUGCUUCAGCAGGCUUGAAGUUACCGGGGGAGUUUAGUCACUUGCUGGGCCUGCAGCAAGCAGCAGCAGCGGCUGCUGCUGCUGCAGCAUCGCAUCUUAUGCACUGCAGCACGCAGCUGAUGAUACCCCUUUCUGCCCCAGCAGACCCAGCCUUUUUCCCUGCUGCUGCAGCAAAUGCUUCUACAGAAGCGGCGCGUCAUGCUUCGCGCGUAUCAGAUGUAGCUGCUGCUUUUAAUCGGGCCGAAGCAGCAGCUGCUGCAGCAGCUGCUGCAUCUGCUGCCUGCAGCAGCAGGAAGACGCCGCAGCCACAAGGCGACCUCGCUGUCACUGGGACUCCGCGGGAGCCAAGCUCAUUAGCAGCAGGAGCUGCCUGUGCGGCAGCAGCAGCAGCUGCUGCGGACUCGACUGCAGCAGCAGCUGCUGCAGCAGCUGGUGAUGCUGCGGAGCCCACAGGGGCUCCUGCUGGCCCAGCCGAAGGUGCUGAGGUGCAUUCGAUUCCUGCUGCAAAGCCCGCAGCAGCAACAGCAGAAGCAGCAGCUGAAGCGAACCCCUCAACACCUGCCACAGAACAAGACCCGAAUCGAGGUUGCAGCAUUCCGGCUGUGGGCGCCGAACAGCAGCAGCAGCAGAAGCAGCAGCAGCAGCAGCAGCAGCAGCAGCAGCAGCAGCAGCGGCAGCAGCAGCAGCAGCAGCAGCAGCA